AUGACUGUGUCAAGCGACGCCGGUAACAAGCUCGAGACGGUGACGACGAUGUCCAAUUCGUCGACUCCCUCUGCCGCGAGCGCCGGCGCGCCCGCAGGUGACGAAACUGCUUCGACUAUUAUGGUCAAUACGAAAGCCCCUACUGCGUUCCCUCCUCCCAAAACCGACAAACCACGCCCCCACGUCUGCGGGACCUGUUCACGUUCCUUCGCGCGGCUCGAGCACCUGAAGCGCCAUGAGCGAUCUCACACCAAGGAGAAACCAUUCCAGUGUCCCGAGUGCGCGCGAUGUUUUGCUCGCCGAGACUUGCUCUUGCGCCACCAGCAAAAACUUCACCAAACAACAACCCCGUCGUCCCGGCCGCGCAAUCGCCGUGAGAGCGCUAGUGGGGCUACUCCAGGCGCCGGCCGGGUUCGGAAGAACAGUGUGGCGGGGCCCAGCCCGGCUGCGGCUAGCAGCAGCAAUGCUGCAUCCAUGCGUCCCAGAGCAAACACUAUCAGUCAUAUCGAUAACACCGCCAUCCAGAUGAUGGCUGCUGCUACGGCCCAGGCUUCAAGAAUUCCACCGAGCCACAGCCGCCACCCCAGCUUAAUUGGGUUGCCAACCCACCAUGGCCUUGAGGCUUAUGGUAUGGCUUCGGCCUUGGCCCUUCGUGGUGCACCACUGGGUCUCCCCAAACUCGAAACGCACGGCAUUGGCGGCGUGGAUUUCUCGAGCGCUCUUCGGACUGCCCCAGUGAUGCCUUUCGGCACUGACUUCGACAUCGACGGCGGUCUAUAUUUUGGGGCGUCUCCUGGCUCUACCGUCAACCCUAAUGCAUUGCAUUACAACGACUCCCCGCCUUCUAUGGCCAUGGACACGCUUUCGCCAUUUCCCCACGGGCUUCCCGACAUGUCGACGGCGACCCAGACCCUGGAUGAGUUCGACUGGGUAACGGGCUUCGACCACACCAUGUCGUUCAACAAUGGGCCAACUGAGACCGCGGUGGAUGGUUCUUCUCCUUCCGCGCUCAGCACAACAAGCCAAAGCGGUAUCAGCGAUGUCAUGGUGGAUGGCUCCAAUCACCACCCGGCCACAACUGCAACUAGUUCCAUGUGGCAGAACUCAAUCAUGCCCCCCCCGCAGAUGCCUAAUCCAUUUUCUCUUGACAUUAGCGGUUCCGUUUUCCCCGACCUACUUAACGGGGCCCCCGUGUCCCCCCAGCCAUCGUCCGCAAAACCUAUGGCGGAGAACUAUUUUUCAACCUCCCCGCCUUCUCUCCUGUCGGGCUUGAAUGCCCAGAAUAUGAACCAAGCGCUCAAUUUCGGUGCCGGCCCAGAGACGCCGUCCUCGAUGAAUGGUAGUAGUCAUCAUGGCACCUUACCCGUCUCGACAAUCACUGAUUCAACAAGAAAUGCCAUCCUAGGUGCCCUGUCGGCCGCCCCGGCGUCCAAGCUUGGUCCGCGGAAAUAUUCGUUUGCCGCCUCGACCUCUCCUCUCGUCAACCAUCCGUCCCCGAUCUCCAAUAGUACCCCGAGCCCUAGCAUUAGCACGAGCAGCCCCGACGUCCGUCCCAGCCCCGAUAGUUCUGAUCCCAUUGAUUCGACGACACUUCCCGCCACCCGAGAUCUGCAGCGAUAUGUUGAAUCGUACUUGCGAUACUUUCAUCCCCACCUACCAUUUAUUCACGUUUCGACGUUGACAUUCGAGUUCCCUUCACAACGGUUGGCUAACGGGCGAAAUAGCGGCAUGGGCGGUAGUGGUUGUUUGCUUCUUUCUGUGGCGGCGAUUGGUGCCUUGUUUGAGUUGGAACAUCAGGCGUCCAUGGGUUUAUUUGGGAUGGCUAAGAAGAUGAUCCAGCUGUAUCUCGAUGAGAGGAGGAAGGCGAACGUAAGAAAGGCAGAAUCCAUUCGCCGCACUCCCGUGCUGGGCCCUGAUUCACAGCAGCAGGAACCGUCCAUGGAGACCCCCGUAUGGUUGGUCCAGGCUAUGCUCCUGAAUGUCGUUUAUGGUUAUAAUUGUGGGGAUAGGAGGUCCGGUGAGAUAGCCUCCACACACGCCGCCGCACUAGUAAGUCUUGCGCAAGGGGCUGGACUACUGCGGCCGAUAAAACUUGAAUCUGUGGGUGGAGAUACCGAAAUGAUGGAAGUUGAUCGUGCUGGCUAUUGGAACGUAUCGGACGGCGAGCGCCGGACCAACGAGCAGCACGCCGAGUGGCUACGCUGGAAGGACAUGGAGGAACGGAAACGAACCCUUUACGCCAUCUUCACGCUGUCUAGCUUUCUCGUCUUGGCAUUUAAUCACACGCCAGUAUUGACGAGCUCAGAGAUCCUACUCGACCUUCCCUGUGAGGAAGAGCUCUUUGGUGCCGAGGAUGCCGACGCCUUCCGUACCAAGGGUGGGAUACCGGCAGCUAAUCAGAACCGGAUGACGUUCCACGAGGCUCUAGGUCAGCUGCUACGUGCCAGCGAGAGAGGCCAGGGCCACCCGCCUCCCAAUAUUCCUCAACCGUUCGCCUCUACCGCCAAUCCCGAUGCUCGGCCGGUGGGAAACCCAAAGCCUGGUAGCUUUGGAUGCCUGGUUCUGAUUCACGCCCUGCACAACUAUAUUUGGGAAACGCGCCAGCGGCACCACAACAAGGUCUGGACGAACGAGGAAGCGAACAAGAUGCAUCGGCAUAUUGAGCCCGCCCUCCAGACAUGGCACGCCGCCUGGGCUGGUGGGCUGCAGCAUAGCAUCCAACGGCCUAAACCUCCCGGCACGGGGCCUCUCUCGUCCGACUGUAUUCCCCUCUUGGACCUGGCACACAUCCGCCUUUCCGUCAAUAUGUCACGGUCUAAGGAGAGGUUUUGGCAGCGGGACUGGGAGGGAAUGGCCGAGGAAUUGACAAAAAGCACCGUUACCAUCCAGCGCAACGGCCACCCGCCCGAGUCAAAGAUGGAUCCCACUUCAGGUAGUUCCAUGAGCACAGCCGGGACAACGCAUCUCACGACCGGUACUCCGACAACACAAACCCCGUCUCCCGAGUUUGGUGUGUCUAAACCGGUAAUCUUUGGAACGCUACAGCAACCCCCUCAUUCCCAGGGAAUGGAGACCUCGAAUAGCCGCUCUUCGUCCCGGCUGGAGAAACAGUUGCGGAAAGCCGCGUUUUUUGCGGCUGAGUCACUCCAUGCUUCUAAUGAGCUAGGCGUCCCUUUUGUGAAUCCAACUGGCCGCGAACUUCCAUUACACGCCGCGGUCUGCGUCUUCGACUGUGCCCAGAUCCUUGCCGAGUGGGCGGCGGCACUACAAGACCGCGUCGGACGUUACCUAGGGAUCUUGGGCCGGGAUAGCACCGACUAUUCACAAGUGCCCGCUAUCAUGCUGCUAGAGGAGGAGGAUGCAAAACUGUUGGGCAAGAUUGACGCGAUUGUUCACGGCGUUAGGACCGAGAUGCAGACACGUGCGGCUCAACCGACAGGCAUGGCAAACAGCGGUGGCAAUGGACGGGACAGCGCGCUGCGAGUGGACGACGGGGUGGGAUACGCUUCGAAGCUAUUGAGGGUUACGGCGUACAUGUUUGAUAAAGCUACUGUAUGGCCUGUAACACGCUUGAUGUCGUCCGCCCUGGAAGCCCACGCCGACCAUAUGCACGCACGUGCCGAGAAGUCGGUGAUGGCUACGGACUAA